CUGUACGGUGUAGGCGACAGGAAACUCUGCUCACUUAGAUAAAGUCAACCCCAUCUUUAUAAACGUACAACACGGUAGCUAGUUUUCUUUCAGAGAUCCGCGCACCAUUUUUUUCCCCCACCCCAGACAUUACAUUUAUUUUCAUUUACUUUCUACGAAAAUGUAUCGUCUGCUCAUCCUUGGACUGCUUGGCGCAGUGUGCGUUGCACAAACCAAUGUCCCAUCUUCAAAUGAUACGUCUUCUGCGAACACCACGCCUUCUGCGAACGCCACAUCAAGCACAAUCGCCAUGACAUCAAGCACAGGCUCAACUUCAAACGCAACCCAAGAAAGAGAAGCUUCAUCGUUCGGUAACGUGACAGAAGAUUACAAUACAUCAGUGGCCACUCCUCAAGUGACAACUACAGGCUCCCCACCGACCACAGCUAAAGCGACACCCACAAAGAAACCACUGACCACAGCGAAGGCGACAACUCGAAAGACACCGCAAAGCGCAGCUCCACCUCUAAAACCAGAGGGUAAAUUAUUGUACGUAAUUCUCGUCGUCAUUAUUAUAAUUAUAAUUUCCAUCAUCAUCGCCGUGCUCUGCAUGUGGAUGAAGAUACGUAAGAAGCAGAGUUUCACACUGCAGAUGGUUAAUGGUCAGGAUUCCCAAGAACUGGUGCCACUGGAUUUAGCAGCCACCGCAUCCGCUGCCAAACACCCCAAAGAGGAUGGAGAGCCCGAGUCUGACAAAGAAGAUUCGAACGAUUCUGACGACAAGGCGGACAACGCCACGAACCCAGACGAGGUUACGGCCAAAGCUGCACAGCCGACUGAGAAGACCCCAAGCACCGAGGAGGACGCAGGGAGCAAGCCGCUGGCCGAGAGCGGCGGCGACUUUGCGGUGCACAAGGCGGUGGAGAAGUCCAACAGCACGGACCCGCCGCCAGACUCCAGGUCCUCGGACUCGUCCCUCUCUCUGCUCUCGCCCGAGGAGAUCAAGUCCAUCGGCGACUCGCUGAGCGUGGAGCCCAAGGUGUCUGGCGACAAGCGGCAGGACGGCGACGGGCACGAGGUUCAGAAAGCUGGCGCCGAAGAGGAAGCCGCCAGCAAGACCAACACCAACAACAACAACAACGCGCUGUUGGUGCCUGCCUUCGCUCGAGACGAGACGCUGUCCACCACCAACACUGGCAGCAGCGGCGGCGGCGACGGCCGCGGCCCGGAUUCGUCGGGGCGGGCCAACGGAGGCGCCGUCGCGAUUCCGAUCGACAACGAGCACGCGGCGAGCUCCGAUCCGAAUCCCCCGUGGCCUCGCGCAUUUGUCUAGGAGGCGCCGGCCGUCAGGAGCCUGCAGGACAAAAAAACAUUUUCGAGUAAGAAAAUGGAAUGAAGAAAGGAGUACAGUCUUUACUUUCUUAAAACUAUUUUCAAAGAUCUCUUUGCAACAAAAUGUGUACAUACAUCAUACUUUUUUCCUGGGAAACUACGCAAUUCAUUUUAGGAUCUGAUUGAUUUUUUAUCGAUUAAUACUCUUCAUUCAUAAUAACGGUGUUUGGGUUAGAUCACGUAAGCAUAAAUGUGUCGUAUCCCUCCACCAUCCGACAUAGCCAGUAAGGUUUGUCACAUAAACAACGCGCCAAUUAUUACUACUUUAGCCCACCGGUGUGUUGGUGAGUAAAUUCACAACAUUUACAAUUUGAGUAUUUACGCGAUCUAACUCAAAAACCUUUAUUAUGAAUAUUAUUGGUCGUGAAAGCCUACGUGUUAAUACUCUUCAUACACGUACUUCCACCAGAGGGUUUUUUUUAAUUGAAGGUUCUUUGAAAAUGUUCAUAGAGAUGUACACACACAAACAAAUACUUAAAUUAUAAUCUCAUAUAGUCUCCAAUAUGCCAUUUUAUAUAGUUGGUGUCAAUUUCUCUUUUAUAUGCUUUAGUCGCGUCAGUGAUCUGCUACUAAAUGAAUCAGUGUGCAAACGAUGAAUGCAUCAAUUAAUCUCCGUGAGCGAGGGAAUAUAUAUUGUCCAAUGAGUUUAUUGAAACUUCAUAUGAGUUUUCAAAAACUCAGACCAGGUGGCUUAUGGGUAGAGCGAGUGGCUUGCAAGCGAGUUCAAAUCCUGGUUUUGGGGAGCUGAUUCGGCCCAUCAUAAAGCCGGUGCCAUGUUGUGGGGAAAUCGUCAGUGGUCGUCCUAUGAAUGGACUCGGCCCCUGCCAUGGGAAUGCAGAGUUUCCACUGCUGGCUCAGAGCUCUAAGACAGGACAUGAGAACUCAUUAAAUAAAGAAAUGACUUUGACUUCGUUGUUAUUGAUAAUAGUUGUGUUCCUUAAACAGACAAUGUUUGGUCAUUGACAGCAGCCAGUGUUUGUAGUUAACGUUUUAGUUCAUGUUUUAAAGAUGUUUCUUUCCCUUUAUGCAACUUUGUCGUGAAUAUUAAACAUCCCAAAAAAGCAAAUUUGGAGACUGGUGCAUUUUAUCAUUUAACUGCCUAACGUUGGCAACUGAAAGCAGAAUCAGAAUGUGUAUUUAUACUGCAGGAACGCGAUGAACUAUGACGCUCUUUUUCACAGAUGCCCAGUAGUCAUCCGUGAAAAAAGCAAUCGAGGUUUCCAUGAAAAUGUUUAUCGCAGCGAAAUUUUUCACUGUGACAUUCACGUGUGUGCUCUUUGCAAUUAUUAUGAAUUCCACGGUCGUACUUUGGCUAACUUGUUUAUAAUACAAUGUCUGCAUGAAAUAAAGCAUUUGAAAAACUUUG